AUGGUAAAAUCGAGUGAUAAAUCUUCGUAUUUGAAUAAAUUUGCCAGCGAUCUUGCUUGUGGUGGUUUGGCUGCAACCGUUUCUAAAACUGCUGUCGCACCGUUCGAUCGAGCAAAAUUGCUUUUACAGGCACAAAGCGCAUCUGCUAUGAUCUCUGCCGAUAAACGAUAUAAAGGAAUGUUUGAUAUUUUUAUGCGAAUACCAAACGAGCAAGGUUUUUUGUCGCUUUGGCGUGGAAAUUUAACUAAUAUUAUACGAUACUUCCCGUCGCAAGCACUGAAUUUCGCUUUUAAGGAUACCUAUAAAAAAGUAUUCUUUUCAGGAAUCGACAGACAAAAGGACUUUUGGAAAUUUUUUGGUGCAAAUUUAUUAUCAGGUGGAGCAGCUGGUGCAACAACAAUGUGUUUUGUUUAUCCACUUGAUUUCGCUCGUACAAGGCUAGCUGUUGAUGUUGGUAAAAACACAGCAAGAGAAUUUAAAGGCUUAACUGACUGUCUUGUGAAAAUAUUUCGAAGCGAUGGUUUUGUUGGAAUUUAUCGUGGAUUUUCGAUUUCAAUUUUCACAAUUAUCGCUUAUCGUGGUGCAUAUUUCGGUCUUUUUGAUACGACGAAAACAUUGUUUGGUAAUGAGAAUGAAUUGAAUUUUUUAAGUGCUUGGCUUCUUGCUCAGAUUGUUACAACAGUUGCGGUGGUGAUACCUUAUCCUUUUGAUACAAUACGCCGUCGUUUACUCAUGCAGUCAGGUCGUUCUGAAAUUGUGUAUAGUGGUUUGUGGAACAGUUUCUUCAAAAGUGUGCGAAAUGAAGGUAUAUUAAGUCUAUACAGGGGUUUCACCGCAAACAUUUUCAGAGGAACAGGUGGAGCAUUGGUACUUGCAAUAUAUGAUGAAAUACAGAAGUAUUUAUAG